AUGACAUGGCCGAAGGAGGAGCCACAACUGCCGAUGGAAACAAAGGAUAAUGUGGAGACUAUGAAUGAAGACGAAACGAAAAACGAUAGCGGGGAUAUGAAAGUGCUUGUCGAGCCUACAAAAAAAGGAUGUCCUAUUGAGUACGGCUUAUGCAUAGUUGCCGUUCAUGGUCUUGGAGCUGAUCCAGAAGACACCUGGGUCCACAAACCUAGUAUGGUCGACUGGCUACAAAACAAAGACAUGCUUCCAAAAAAGGUCCCAAAUGCCCGCAUCAUAAGAUUUGGGUACCCUGCCAAAUGGUUUGGUAACUCCAACGAAGAACAUACCAAAGUCUUCGUGAGUGUUGUGAGUGAAAGAUUGCUCAUACUUCUAGAGAUGCUCCGAAAGGUACCCGUUGCCUCAUUCUUUUGA